UUGUCGGUGCAGCUGUUUUUCCUUUGGCUCUCUCAUAAAAUAUCUUUAUGGUCACUACCUUCAACACCCCAAUUUUGAUUAACAUCUGAACAAGAGAGCUUUUUGGUGGGCUUGGGUUGAUCUUUUCAUCAAACAAGACUUUGUUUCAUUCUUCCCCCUGUUGCUUGUUGGUAUUGCUGAGCAAAUUACUUGGUUACUCUGGCAUAUAAGUGACGAAGAAAUCAGGAGAUAUUGUUGAAGGACAAAUCGUUCUCCAUAUGGAACCUCAGUCUCUGGUUGGAGGGGAAAAUGAAGAAGCCACAUUCAGUUCAAUACCCAGAUCACCACUUCUAAAUCAAAGACCAAAUAGCAUGAUUGUGAAGAAAGUAUGUCCUCGCGAAUUCAUCCCUCCCCACAUAGUUGCUGAGGCCAUAUCAACUCUCCAUGGUCUUGAUCUGAGAUGGUCAGGACCAAUUACUCCAAGUGAGAUGGAAUAUGUGAGCCAGUAUGUCCAUGCCAAGUAUCCACAAUACUCGCAUGGCCUCAUCGAGGAAGGCGAUAAGACUGACCUCUACUCAAGGUAUUAUAGCACAUCAUCGCCCGGCAACCCCGACGACAAACGCAGGUCUCCAAGGGGAGGACUAAGAGAUGCCCCAUAUUCACUUUCAAUAGGAAGCCACCUCCCUGACCUCGACAAUACUCAAUUGGAGCCUUCGAGGCUUCUGUACAUUCUCACUAGGAAGUCCUCCUUCCCUGGCAGCUUCAUAUCGAUCCCAGAGAUCCAAGCCCGCAACCGUGUCCUUAAACAUUGUGGCCUGACUGAUGAGGAAUACCUUGUGCUCUUCACUCCAAAUUAUAAGGAUGCCAUGAUGCUGGUAGGAGAGAGCUAUCCUUUCUUCAGGUACAAUUACUACAUGACCAUCAUCGACGACGAGAUGGACUACGUAAGGGAGUUUGCAACAUAUAAGGAAUCAAAGGUGAUCUCAGCACCUGAGACUUGGUUGGAUCUCAGGAUCAAAGGAUCACAACUGAGCCAGUACUUUAGGAGGAAGUGCAAGCAUAGCCCCAAGGGGCUCUUCUCCUACCCUGCUGAGGUGAGAGGGACCAGGUACUCCAUGCAUUGGGUCUCGGAGGCACACCGGAAUUCAUGGCAUGUGCUUCUUGAUGCUACUGCACUUGUUGUUGGGGAGGAUCAGCUGAGCCUUGCGCUCCAUAGGCCGGAUUUUGUGCUCUGUACUCUUGAUGACAAGCAUGCUCACCCUUCCAAGAUCACUUGUCUAUUGGUGAGAAGGAAGUCCUUUGAUACUUCAGCCUCAGCAUCAAACUAAUUUUCCUGUUUAAGGGUUAGAUUGGCUGCACUUUCUGUACUUUUAUGUGCUUUAAUUGGAGAUGGUGGUACUGAAACCAAUCUGAAAUUUGGCUCUAGGAGGAAAGCUAUAACUUCUCUAAAUUAAAUAUCAAGAUGUUAACAAUAUGGAGAUGGAAAAUAAAAAAGGAAUGAAUAACUCAUAUCUACUGGUAGGGCACUUAUGUACAUUCAUCUAUGUAUGCCAGUGUGCUAGAACCCUUGUAUUAUCAAAUGCAUGUAUUUUGCCCCAAACUUGAAUUCAAACAGAGGGUAUAGCAGGCUG